AUGAAGCUGUCCCAGAGCCUCAUAUUACCGGCCUUGUGCUGGUCUGCGCGGUUAGCCACCGCCGCAACAGCUCACAUAUACAUCCACGAUCCCGAAUCGCAGCCUAGACAUGAUACGCCUUCGAGGAGCCUAAACCCAGUGCCAGCAAGGCUGGUACUCGCACAAAGAGCUGGAGUCGAGGACUAUCACAGUGCUGAUAUAUCACGGGAGGAAGUGAUUGAUGCGAUCAAUGACUAUGGCGUGCGGACACCCUUAUUCGCAGCCGAGAGCAGGCCUCAUAAAGCCUUCAUUCUCGUAGAGGGCGAGAGCGAUCCAGCCGCCGUCAAGCCCUCACUGCGAUCGUAUACCUCAUUCGAGCUGGAUCCAGCACCCGCGGCGCCUGCCAGUAAAGGCCUCUUUAUCGAUCUGGCCAAACAAUCCGAUCCUUCUGGCUUUGCACAUCUAUCUGAUGAUGACCUUUACACGAUGUUCAAGGAUAGCAGAACUCUGUCUGUUAAUGGAGAUAUGUUCCACAUCGCGAAGUCAAUGGCCGACUUCGAGGCUCUCUUCACGCGUCUGGCUAAGGAAAACAACUGGAGCAUUACGGCAAUCAUCCUGCCGCAAGGCGAGUAUGUACGAACAGGACAGGGCAAGUACCAGUGGGGUACGUACGAGAUGCCGAUGGGACAGUCACCGCUCCGCAAGAGACAGCAGAUGAAAGAGGAGCCUUUGACUGAGACACUGGCGUGGAAGCCCGUAGAGUCAUUCUCUGCGCCUGCGACCGCCUUCGCAGCAAACAACACCACGCCAUUGAGGGGUAUCCUUCCAGCCUGCUUCCUGACCAUGUCUUCUUGCGAAAGCGCAACGCGAAACUGCACUGGUCAUGGCAAGUGCACAAAGAAAUACCACGACAAGACCGCGAACAACAAGGGUGGAGUCGACUGCUACUCCUGCUCGUGCAGUGCCACCAAGAGCAACGACGGCAAGGUGACUACCAACUGGGGAGGUCCCGCUUGCCAGAAGAAGGACAUCAGCAUUGAGUUCUGGCUGAUUGUUCUCUUCACCGUGGGAAUGAUCUUCUUGGUCGGAUUCGCCAUUGGUAGUGUAUACGACAUGGGAAAGCAAGAGCUACCGAGUGUGAUUGGUGCUGGUGUGAGUGGGCCAACAGCCAGGCAGAGGACGUAG